UUUUUUUCCAGUCGCAAGCGGUCCUCCUUUUAAUACCUUACAGCUUUUUCUUCGGCUCUGUCAAUCCAUUCCUUUGACAAAAUGACUGAGUCACUAAGUGGAAUAACUUCGGCCACUGUGGACAUUUCAGAGUCAAGCGAGAAUGAACUUCAUAUGAACAUUGCAAAAGACAUGGAUUCCUUACCUGACCCUGACCCUGCACUACCCGCACCAGACAUUCGGAUAACACCGGAUUCCAAACAAGACCAUGAAGCAAUAAAUCUCGCCACGGACAACCGUCAAGAACCAAUAGAUAACACACUGCAUGAUCUAGACGAAGAGUCCUACCAAGAACUGCCCUCUACUGGAACUUGCAGUUGUACACAAAUAUUCACCUCCACCACAUCAAAAAAUUGCUCCCUAUGUGACCAACCUGUCCCCGCCUUGGAAAGGGCACGAAACAAAAAUAUUGAAAUUAUGGAAACGCUGGACGUUACCAAGAGAGAGUUAGAAGAAGCUAAACAACGUGCAGAACUGCAAGAACAGCAUUUAGAACGUCUCAACGCUCGAGUGCAGGAGCUGGAGCAUAAUCUAGAAUCGAAAUCAAGCGAACUUGUUCGGCUGAAAAAGGAUAUGCAAGCCCUAAAUGCAAAAUAUGUGGGGGAAAUCAACAGAGUUUCAGAAGUUCAGCAUGAAAAAGAUUUGCUUGAGCAAGAACUCGAAGAACUAAGUCGCCGACUGUUUGAAGAAGCAAAUGGUAUGGUUGCUGUGGAGAAACGUGAAAAAUGGAAACUCGAAGUCGCUUAUCGCCAACUGGAAGGCCUACUGAAGGAGACAGAGGACCGACUUUCUGCGGAGCAAUCUCAGCUCCAAGAACUGAGAAUUCGCAUGGAAGAAAUGACAUAUGAUCGUCAACAAGACGAAGAAGGCAUGCUGAAAGUAUCGGCAAUUUAUGGCGAUGAAAAAGGCGGUUCUCGUCCUUCCAUGGAGGAAAAGAUCAAACGCAUUAGCGCCAAUGACCCUUAUUUCAGAGCUCAAUUGGACAUGGCUAAGUUACAUGGUAUCGCCAAAGAAACCAGUACAGCUUCAUCAUCAUCGUUUUCUCUUCCACCUUCGCCUUCUUCACAGCCGUCCCCACCGCCAAAUCAGGAGCCUCAGAUUGAUGAUCACAACUGGCUCGAAUUCCAGGAUUUCGUUCAAGUUGCUGCAGUAACGCCGCCAAAGAAACUUCACUCCAUCCCAUUCCUCAAACAUUGUUUAAAUGAAGACAUUGAACCCUGCCUUCGAUUUGGACCUCAUCCUCGUUUAUCAUCCCGCAAAAUUGCCGACGCGAUCAUGAUCAGCCCAUGUUUUAUUGAAGAAUCAUCCGAAGGCUAUGAGGUGCCGACGGCGCCAACUAGAAACUCGGGAUCGAAACAAACAUGGUUUUCCAGCUCAACUAAUAGCGCUGUACAAGGAUGUCAUGCCUGCGGCCGGCCCGCCAAAAUAGUUCAUUUCCGAUUCAAGUUGAUUGAACAAGACGACUGGAGUUACAUCGACGAAUCGUGUCGAGAACGAUUGGUGGCUGUAUGCGAAUUCUACGUAUUUGUUCGAAACACUCGACUUGGCUACUAUGCCACGCGAAGCAUUGACGAUCUCUACUCUGAAGCCACGCGUCUUCGACUGCAAAUGUUUUACAGCCGGUAGGGUUUUGAUUGAAGUUCAUAUCCUAAAUGGUACAGACGUGCAAUAGCUAAACACCACUUUCUUUUUUUUGUUCAUCACAGU